AUGAUGCGGAUUGCCAAGCAGGCAGCGCUGUCAGCUAAAGCCAAAAUUGCUGAGCAGGCAGCUCAGCAGCAUGCGACUUCACGUGGUGGAUCCUUGUUUUUUACAACGCGCCACUUGCUAUCGCGGGGCGGCAAUAGUGGAGGAAUGCAUGGCCCUGGCAGCAGCGGUACUGACAGUAAGGCAGAUCAUGCUGUGUCUGACACUCCAACGGGAGCUUCUGUUCAGAAGUUGGCUCGAUUCUCGCACGCUGCCGGUCACAACGACUUAGCAAAUGGCAACCGCGGUGCAAAUCGCGAGGAUCGGGUAUCGGAUGGAAGUGAUCACACCGGGCAUAGUAGUGGAAGCGACUCGGAAGUUGCAGCAUCUGGUGUCGAAAAUCAGACUCGAAGUCCGACACUUUCGAAUAGUGGUGGCAGUAAUGGUGGUCUCAUGAAGAAGUUUCAAGACCGCUUUUCGUUCACUAGCUCCAGGUAUCGUCCGAGAUUCGUAAAUCUUCGGAGAAAAGGAGAGUCCGGGGAGGAAGUCCGCAAGAUGGAGCUCAACCUGGAUGCUAUUAGUGGAGGCCUCGACGAAGUGAAGUGGAAGUGCGCUUUGUUCUUAUACGACGUCGACGAGGUCACUCACGUUGCGCCUUCACAAAUUUGCAUUGUGGCGUAUCCAAGUAAACAGCCGCUAUCAGGCAAGAGCGAUCGGAGUGCGCUGACGAAGCUGGUGAAGCCUGGUACGAUUUGGACGAUCGAUAUUGGCUCGAACAACAGCGAUGUGUUGAACGAGUGGUGA